AUGGCUCCUACCGAACAACCAUAUGAUCCUUAUAUCCCCGCCGGCUCUGCCGGAGCGGAUGAUCUAUCGAGGGGCCCCAAACCGAACAACAAUAUCGACAAGAUCUCGAAAGAAAUUCAAGACACCGUAGGUGUGAUGAAGGACAACAUUGACAAGGUCUCCCAGCGUGGAGAGAACCUGAGCUCGCUUCAGGACAAGACCGACAACUUGGCCGUUUCAGCCCAAGGCUUCCGCCGAGGCGCCAACCGCGUGCGCAAGGAUAUGUGGUGGAAGGACAUGAAGAUGCGUGUUUGCCUGAUCAUUUGUGUGAUUGUGCUCCUCGUGGUCAUUAUCGUGCCAUCCGUGGUUGCUACGAAACACCACUAA